CUUACCUAAAAAGAGAAAGACACCACAGUUAAGUUUGUGUUACAACGACUUUGGCACACUCCAUGGGAGUUACAAGAACGAAUAAAUGGCAGAUAUAUAUGUAUUAUGGUUUUUUAAGAAUCAGAAAUACAUUGCAAAGAUUUACAGUUACUUGUGCUAUUCACCGAACGGACACAACAAAUUCAUGGAGCGCAAAAAACACCUGUAUGGAGUGGGUCGAACCCCCCGCCCGAUUAGUAGAUUCCAGCUUUAGAAAUUAGGAAUAAAUUAUCGAGACCUUAGCAUAUUUGUGCUGUCGAUAGACGAGAGACACGAGAGCCGCGGCCAGAUCAGGGGGUAAGGUUUGUGAAACAAGUUUGUGUGGCAGUAACCUCCAACAAUGCUGGCCCAGUAGAAGAUGCAAAUGAGCUCCGCUCCGAACGGGCCAGAAGAAUCCAAGACCUUCCGUCCGCCCAUUCUUCAGUGUGAAAAUGUGCGGCAAUCCAAACACGCGUCUGCUCUCGCGGCUGGUGAUCGACUUCUUGAUCCUGCUGGGCAUCUACGGGGUUGCCCUGGUGGUGCUGCCCCAGCAGCUGUCCACCGUCCAGCGGGGUUUCCACUGCAGCGAUGCCAGCCUGCAGUACCCGUACCGCCAACCCUGGCUCACCAAGGUGCACCUAACGAUCGCCGUAGUGAUCCUCCCAGCGGCCUUUGUCCUGGUGGUGGAGAUGCUGCGCUCCGCCUUCGUACCCACCUCUGCGGAGCUGAAGCAACGCUUCGUCUUCGUGGGCGCCCGCAUCCCGAGCUUCAUCAGCGAGUGCUACAAGGCAGUCGGGGUGUACCUCUUCGGACUGGGACUGACCUUGCUGGCCAUCAGGCUGACCAAGCACACGACUGGCCGCCUGAGGCCACACUUCUUGGACGCCUGCCAGCCCACGUGGGGCGAGGAGGACGUUGAGAGCUGCUCGUCCCUUCUCGGGGGAAACUCCACCGCCUACGUCGAGGAGUUUGGCUGCACGGAGUUUGCCGCCUCCUCCGACCUGCUGGCGGUAGUGCGCCACUCCUUUCCCAGUGGCUUUGUGACCACAACAAGCUACGCCAUGGGUUUCCUGAUCUUCUACGCCCAAGCCAGGCUCUUCGCUCCCUGGCUGCGACUCCUGCGCGCCACCCUUCAGCUGGCCUGUGGAUCGCUGGCCCUAGUGGUGUGCUGGGAGCGCAUCUCCACCUUCCAGAACCAUAUAUCCGACGUGGCCGCAGGAGCCGCCUUCGGGGUAGUGGCCCUCUUCGUGACGGUAUCCGUCGCCCAUCUGUUCGCGGAGGUUCGGGUGAAGAGACGACAGUGGCCCAGGAACGAGCAGAUCUACAGAUACGCGGGAUAUUACAACAGAGCAACCUAUGGCUACUGAUCGAUGUGGGGACUACCUUUAAAAUUAAUAAAAUGCUUUUAAAUUAUUAAGUUCAGUUGCUAUAAAAUUGCUUAUAUAAAUGCUUUUCACGACUAGAUAUGAAGAGCUUUUUGAUGACGACUAUAACUGAGGUUUACGAUAUCAAUUAUUAUGAUUUUAAUCUGAAUUGCUUUUGUGGGAGUGAGAUAUAGAACGAAGUGGCUGUAUUUGGUCACAAAAUUUUCCCUUUUGAAGAAUUCGGCUUAUUUUCUGUGCAUACAAUGCAUAUGACGGCAAAGGUCGGACAAGAAAUAUUACCGAUCUGGGCACUACGGGCUUUACUAAAAAAAUUAGGUAGUGCGUCAAUAAUCUAUUUCUGUAAAUAAUACAUUUCUUAAAGUAUUUCCUACCCGUCACGCUGCAGAAAAACGUGUAAAAACUGAAAUGCUGUACUGUGUGAUAGAAAAAAGAACAUUUCUCACCAAUUAAGGCACGUCUCUCUAGACUUAGUGGUACCUGAAUUGUGUGUAAGCAAAAGAGAGCUCUAUUGGAUAAUCCCGGGUUAAUAUAGGGUUUUUGUUUAAGUAAUGUUCAAACAAACUAUUCAUAGCUGGAGCAAUCUAAUAUCAUAAUAAGAAAUGUGGCUAUUUUGGAAUAGCCAAGAGGUUAAUAUGUAAAUGUUAGUUAGAUGUUUCUCAUAUAAACACCAAAGUGAUAUUUGGGGAACACAUUUCUCCAAAACAACUAAAGUUUAUCUGUUGCUUAAGAGCUGGAAAAGUUGGCUUCCUACUGGUAGAUCCGAUACAGACUUUAAUUUCUAAGAAUAUCUGAUUUCAAAAUUGUGUUCGGCUAAUAAAUUAUUCGAAUUAUUCGAAUAAUAUGAAUGAUAUUUAAUUAUUUCGCUGCGCACUUUUGGACACAUUUCCGAAUUGACCGAGGCUAGCCGAGUUCUGUACCCAAUCUCAGCAUAAGCGAAGCACCAAACCUAUGCUUACGAUCCACAAGUGGUUGCCAUUGCCGAUCGCCGAUAAGAGCGCUGACCGCCGCUCUCACCUCCAGUGCCCCUCCGCUCAUUCUCCUCCCCUCUGAUCACUCCAUGGAUAAAUAAACAGCUUCGAUCUGUUUACCACGC